GGGGCCAGUGGGCGGGUCCCCCUCGCGCCCCUAUAAAGAGGCCGGGGAAACGGCUGCGCCGCCGCUGCGCGCUCUGACCUUCGCAGUUCUCCUUCGCAUCCAUCUAGGCGGGCGGCCCCGGGGCACCAACCACCACCGUCACCAUGUCGCCCAGGAAAUUCUUCGUCGGCGGGAACUGGAAGAUGAAUGGCGACAAGAAGAGCCUCGGGGAGCUCAUCCAGACUCUCAACGGCGCCAAGGUCCCCGCAGACACCGGUGAGCCGGGGGGUGCCCAGGUGGGGGGGGGAAGGGGAAGCCCCGAAGGGGCGCGAUCGGGCGCGCGCUUAGCCUUAGGGGAGGGGAAGCCCCCGCGCCCGGGUCUGCAGGCUCCCCGGAGGCGCUGGCAGGAGGCAAGCGGGGCCACCGGGUGCCACGUUUAGGAUCGGGAACCGUCCGGGGGCGCACGCCCCGCCGAGCCCUGCCCGUCUCCCCUCUUGCGCCCCCUUCGCCAUAGGGGAGCGCGAAGGAUAAUACACGCCGAUGAACUCGCGCAGGGGGAGAAACAAUGUCGAGAUGCCUGCAGCUGCCGGGGGUUGGUCUGGAUGACCCUGCGGGGUCCCUUCCAGCUCUAGGAGUCUGCGAUUAACGCGCUUAAGGCUUAUCCGCAGCGGCCUCUAAUGAGAUGGAGCAUGAGAAAGGGGAGCCGGUGAAGGAGGCUGGCCGGUUUCCCUGGCCCGCUCCAUCCCCCCCCCCCCGUCCUGGCUGCAGCGGUGCCUUUCCUAGGGUCUCGGGAAAGGGGGGAGGCGCCCGGAUGCCUGGGUCCCUCCCUCGCCCCCGCCGCGUGCUCGCCCGCACGUACUCCAGGGCCGCCUCUCCCGGCAGGCAAGCUGCCUUCCUUGUCUCUCUCUCCUUCUCUUGCCAGGAGGAAGGGAGCCGAAGAAGCCUCUGCGCCCCGGAAAGGAAACUUGCUACAUACUUUCUUUUUUACUGCUUCUGUGUUUAACAUCUUUCCGGUCUGGCAGAGAAAAUAAGCUUUUCUUGCUACAUUAUUUCCUCGCCGGGAAAUACUGCACUAUUGUACAAUAAAAGAAAGAAAGAAAAAUCCGCGGGCGGAACGUGUCGGCAGGUUCAAAAGGCCGAAGAAAUACUGUGGUGGGCAGUUCCGACGGUGCUGUUCAAAUUAAGUUUAUUCAGAGUAGAGCUGUUGAAAUUAAUGGAGUCAUAGUCAUGGAUGGGUUUUCCAGGGAGGCCAGCAUAGAACAGCCGAGGCCUAAGCACAAGCUCAGAGCGAAGUUCAUUGUUUCAAUGCAAAGAGGAAUAAAAUACAAGUAGAUUUUAUAUUACUAGUAAACGGGUCAAGUGCUGGUGAUUUUGUACGGAUAGUUGUGAGAGGAGCAGAUUUACUCCUUGCAGAGCAGUUGUGUAAAGCACCGCCUGCCCAUUUUUGCCUUCUCUCAAUGACCUCCUUUUGAGAAAAAUGAAAGGUUAAAAAUCUUUGAAUACCUUUGAAGGAGCUUCCUCUCUCCCUACAGUCUAUUGUACUAGGGCAACUAGGCCCACUAUUAGUCACCCUGUGUUCAGAGAGAGCGUGCCCGCUAGUCACGUGGCACAGAGUGCUUUGGGUGCUGUGUUCAUGACCACCCACCCUACAUUUAACUGGUGGCUUGCAGUGGAUGAGAAGCCGGGAAAUAAUCUGACCAGUCCUCACAAGGGCCAUGUAGCGAGAGGGAAAAGGGAUGCAGUUGAGGCCUGGUCUGCUGCAGAAUUCUUUGUCUGAACGGGGCUGGCACGAUGCCCAGUUCUCAGGCAGUGAGACUAGCUAGCCCGUCUGCCUCUCUUGCUUCUGGUUGGCAUGGUUGUGGCAGCAGGAGACUCUGCCUGCAGCAUGGACUCCUUGCCUGGGGGCAAAGGGGAUGCCUGGACCAAAAUUUGGCUGGCAGAUCCUUUUCGCUGUCCCUCUCGGGUUAGAAAAGGGCAAGGUGGGGGCAUCCUGAAGAAAUGUCAAAGGGUCUGGAGGAGAGGGUUCCUAAAUAUAGGUGGCGGCGCAGCUGCCUAAAAAUACCAGCUACUGUACUUGGAGUUGGGAAACUUUAUCCCGGCAGCUAGCUAAAGGUCAGGAAAUGGGCCUCCAGAUGAACUAUAUGGGGGGAGGUUGAUCUACUCGGUUGCCCCAGAUAUUCUGUCUCUUCUAUAUUAUACGGCCUCCUCAGGAUUCGAGCAGAUCUGGGGUUACCUCCCUCUGUUGGAGAUGCCACUGCAGUGUCCCCCAUGCAGACUGCAUCGUGGAAUUGUAGAGUUGGAUGGGACCCUGAGGAUCAUCUAGUCCCAUGCCCUGCAAUGCAGGAAUAUGCAACUGCCCCAUACGGGGAUCAAACCUGCAACCUUGGUGUUAUCAGUGUCAUGCUCCAACAAACUGAGCUAUCCGGUUGUUGCUUUCUCUUACCCGUUAUUUGCCAGCUGGCUAAGCAAGUCUUCUAGCCACAGAACAGCUUGUAAAAACAUCCAGGAUUAUGUUGCUAGGUAAACGCUAGGCUGCCCGCACCCCAAAAGCCCCCUUUCUCAAGAAAUAGUGUAGCAGUUCUCAAGAUUAUUGGUUAUAGGGAAUAGGUUUGCCCUUUACCCCAUGGAGUCAGCUUUCAAGUUUCUGACCUUUGCAGCGCCCACAGCUCCACCCCCCUCCCACUUAUUAGGUUUCCCUCCAUUUGUAUAACCUCUUAUAUAUCUAUGAACAUAUGAGACUGCUUUGUCCUGAGUCAGGCUACUUGUCUGUCUAGUCCUAUUUUGCUACCUGUUUUGACCAGCAGUGGCUACCCAGGAUCCUGUGCAGAAAAAAGGCUUUUCCCACCCCAGUAAGAUCUUUUUUAAAUUGAAAGUGUUCUACCCCUGAGCUCUGGCUCCAGCCUGCAAAAACAAAUUAUAAGGCUCAAGUUUCUCUUGACCGGGGUCAGCAAACUUUUUUCAGCAGGGGGCCGGUUCACUGUCCCUCAGACCUUGUGGGGGGGCAGACUAUAUUUUGAAAAAAAAAUAAUUCCUGUGCCCCACAAAUAACCCAGAGAUGCAUUUUAAAUAAAAGGACACAUUCUACUCCUGUAAAAACAUGCUGAUUCCCAGACUGUCUGCAGGCCAGAUUUGGAAGGCGAUUGGGCCGGAUCCGGCCCCCGGGUCUUAGUUUGCCUACCUGUGCUCUUGACCCUCAGGCAGAUAUUGUUUCAGGAUUAGAGCUGGCAGUCAGAGCAAGAAGGGAUUUGCCACACCCAAGAAGGAUGCUAUUUGUACUGCCUUGAACCCAGAUGUGGCUGGCACAUCUGCUUCCCUGUGACCCUCUGAAAAUUGGGAUCAUGGUCACUGGUCAGGAACAUUGGGAUUUAAAGUCCAACAUUCAGAGGACUACUGGUUCUUCAUCCCUGGUCAAUAGGAUAGGGUGAUGUUUUUUUAAUAAAAAUAAAUAAAUCUAUAAUGGGAUAUGACAGCCAAUCUGUUUGCUGGUUAACCUUGCUGAAGGUAGCUUUUUAGACUGAGACAUAAGAUUUAGUGUAGAUUCCCAUUUUCUGAGUGAAAACUAUUUGGAGGGAGUAGAUGCAUUUAACCUCACUGAAAAACUUACCAAAGCAGCUCUCUUAUUACUUGGGCUUUUUCAGCAGUAUCCCAAAGAUUCGGGUUGGGUUACAAACAUAUCCUUUGUCACGUUUCAAUCUUACAAAAGUAGGCCGGGCUGUAUUAUUUUGUGCAGCACCUCUAAGCUUCAGCUUUUGGUAUAGGAUUUGGCCCGCAUCUGAGAAGGGAAGUUCUUUGAGUAUGGAAAGUCAAGGAGAGAGCAUCUAUUGUCACUCAGGCAGGCCGUCUUCAAGUGAGGCUUUGUUGCUGAAAGUCUUUGACAUCCUCUCUUCGCAUUUGUAAAUUUAAAGAUAAACAAAAGAGCAUGUAAGUGUUAAGCAAAGAGGAAAAUUGCCAAAAAUGUCACUCCUUCCUUUCUUCUCCCCCCUUACUAACCUAGUAGUUUCAAUAACCUAAGGCUCCUUCCAGAAAACCCCCUAAAAUAUGUUCAUCUCCUUUCCCCCAUCUGGCAUGAAGAUGCAUUUUUAGAAACCACUUAGCAACUUUAGGACAGUCUCUUCCUGGUUGGCACCCUGUAAAAUCUAUUAACACCCAGUCACUAUCAGGAAGACAGGAUUUGUAGCCUUUGUCUUUGUUAAUUUUAAGCCCAACUUUUUGAUUUCCAAAAAGAUCCCGUCUUCCCCACACAGAAACUCCUGUGGACUCUGAUCCCCACUCCUUCCCAUCAGCUGCCCAAACCCUUACCUGUCUUCUGUUCUAAAACCCAACCAGGUCCCCAUUUCUAGGGAAGGUAAAGGGACCCCUGACCAUUAGGUCCAGUCACGGACGACUCUGGGGUUGCGGCACUCAUCUUGCUUUAUUGGCCAAGGGAACCGGCGUACAGCUUCCGGGUCAUGUGGCCAGCAUGACUAAGCCGCUUCUGGCGAACCAGAGCAGCGCACGGAAACGCAGUUUACCUUCCCGCCGGAGCGGUACCUAUUAAUCUACUUGCACUUUGAUGUGCUUUCGAACUGCUGGGUGGGCAGGAGCAAGGACUGAGCAAUGGGAGCUCACCCCUUCGCGGGAUUUGAACCGCCAACCUUCUGGUUGGCAAGUCCUAGGCUCUGUGGUUUAACCCACAGCGCCACCUGCUCCCAUUUCUAGGGAAACCUAUGCUCUUUCUUCCCCUUGCUGUGCACUUGUUUUCUCUUCAGUUUCCUCACCCCCAAAUGCAAACCCCCUAUGGAACUUUUACUUCUCUAGCAGUGCCCCCCACCCAAGUCUUGCAAUUGCCUAUUCUGAUUCUCACAUUAAACCUUUCCCCAGGCUCCACAAAAUCACUAUGCAAAUGCCAUUCCAACUUCCCCUUCUCUUUUUAAAAACAAUUUGCCCUUGUCGCAUUCAUUUUCCUUCAGGUACCACCUUAACACCUUCAGCCAAAUCUCCCCCUUUGCCUCAUUUCAGCCAAAUUCUUUCUCUUCCCCACUCCUCCCCCACUUUCCACAGGCCAAUUGUCCUACACUCUAGUGUGUUUUCAGGUCUGCUUUUAGAACUGAUAGCUUUAACCCUCCAAAUUAGACUAUUGUUCAAAUGCUACUAGGUAUGAUAAAGGCAGUUUGAGACAAGAAAAUCACUUUUGAUUGUGUUCUCCCUGUUAACUCUUGGAGUGCUGAAUUCUGAGGUGCAUUCACAAUUGAUCAUGAAAGGGGGAAGUCAGACUGAAUGUGAGAUGUGCAAGCAGCACACUUAAUAAUGGCCAUCAGUGUGCUGUGGGGCUUGUGCAUAGUGCUGUGGAGGCCUCAUGGCGCCAUCAAGAGAGAGGGCCACAGUGUUUGAAUCAGGGUGGAUUUGAUUGAAAUCAAAUUAAUUUAAAUCACCAUUUAGGCAACAAGACUCAUUCUUGCUGGUAUAAUCUUAAUAUUUACAACCAGAUGAAGGUUUCAUUUUUUGGAAUAAUAAAUUUUCAGAGUAGUUUUUUACAGUUGUAUCAAAAAUUACUGAUUUGGUUAUACUAUUAGAAAUACACAGACAGAUAAUUGUGAGGUUUAAUCAGCUAACUGUUUAUAUUUGGACAACUUUUCUGCUAUGUUUUAUUGGAAGGAGAAAAACAAUCAUUUCCUUAAUAACAAUUUAAACAAUUUGUUUAACUAAAACAAUAACAUUAUAGCAUAUGUAUCCAUUUUUUGUUAACUGAUGUGGUUAAACAAUUUUAAAAAAACACAGACUGAGUUUUAGCACACAUGAAAAACUUAAAACAAAUCCUUAUUUCCUGUUGAAUAGCUUUUGGACUCUAAUGUAACUUAAAUAGAAAGCUAUCUUUAGAAGUAUUUUUUCUCCAAAAGCAUUUUAUUUUAAAAAUCCGAUUUAAAUUUUUUGAAAAUACAAUUAUUAUUAUUAAUAUUUUAAAUCAUUGAUUUGGUUUGAAAUUAUCCAGGCACAUUUGCAUCUGACUUUCAACCACUUGCUGCGACCAAGUGAAGAUGUCUGGGUGCCAGGAUGAUGCCUGACACCUCCACCAUCUGGUGGCGCGUGCCUGGGGAUCCUUGGAUCUGGACUGCUUCCACACACUAAUGUCCCAUCCUGUAGUGGUGGCAUCAGUUAUAUUUUAUCUGCAUGGAAUGAAUUUCUCGAGCCCAUAUGCUUUUCCUGUGCAGCCUGAGCAGGAGCAGUCACGAUUAAGAAAAAGAGGUCCGAAUAGGCCAAUAUACAUGGGGACUGUCCUCAGUCAAGUGACUCUUCUUCUUUGAAGUUCUUAACCUAGCUCACAAUUGUCAUCUGAACUAGCCAGAUGUUUAACAGAGAAUCAAUCGCAGUCAGUCCAUCCUUUGAAAAACAAGACUUUAGAGUUGUCUUGCCCCAAAUAUCAACUAGAGCAGACAUUCCGUUUUGGCAACUGCAACCUUGGUUUUAAGGAACCAUUUGCUGCCUAGCUUAUAUACAGUAGUACCUCGGGAUGCAAACAGGAUCCGUUCCGGAGCCCCAUUCACAUCCUGAAUAGAACGUAAGACACAUCUGUGCGUGCGUGGGUCGUGUUUUGCCACUUCCGCACAUUCGCAUGAUGUCAUUUUGAGUGUAUGCGCGAGCGUCGAAACUCGGAAGUAAUGCGCUCCAUUGCUUCCGGGUUUCACUGCUUGUGCAUGUGCAGACGCUCAAAAUGACGUUGUUCCGUGGCAACCCAAAAGCGCUCAACCUGAAGCACAUUCAACCCGAGGUAUGACUGCAUAUCUGAGUUUCCAACACUGGGGAAGGGGAGAUUGGUGGUGGAAGGGAAGGUUUAUUUACCCAUGGUUACCCUCUGAACCUCAUGGCAUGACCAGCAGAGUUGACCCACAAGUGUCUUGUGUCCAGCACCCGAAGAGUGAGUUGGCCUUGGGGUGGGAAUAGUCUGCAGCCGAGAGACUCUGUGGGGCGCCUGCUUCAUCCUAGACGCUUUUCUCUCUCUCGUCCCCAGAGGUCGUUUGUGGUGCCCCCUCCAUCUACCUCGACUUUGCCCGCCAAAAGCUUGAUGCCAAGAUCGGUGUGGCCGCCCAGAAUUGUUACAAGGUGCCUAAGGGAGCUUUCACAGGAGAGAUCAGGUUAGUCUGCUGGGACUCUGGGGGCCGGGGGCCACAAAGAACUGGCAAUCCUUUAGCGAGGGGUAAUUUUAAAAAAGUAAAUAAGCAUUUGGCAGAACAGAUGGUGUGAUUUCUUUCCUGGUCUGCCCUAACCAUAGUUUAGAGGUCCAGGGCUCUAAGGAAGUCAGACUAUCCUCUGCCAGGGCCUUUUUAGCGAUGGCUCCAACCUGGUGGAAUGCUCUGUCCCAUGAGACUAGGGCCCUUCGGGAUUUAACCUCCUUCCGUCAGGCCUGUAAGACAGAGCUAUUCUGCCUGGCCUUUAGUUUGAAUUCAGCCUGAUCUUUUAUUUCCCUUCUCUUCUCUUCCCUCCCCCUCCCCUUUUUAUGAAGAUCACCCACUCUGAGACCCCACAGCAAAUUCUCCCCUGGCCUCCUCGCUGGCCCAAGUAGGACCAAUUCAGCCAGCUAGCCCUGAGGAUUAUCUGAUUGAUUUUUAUUUUUGAAUUUUAUUGUUAUUCAUGUUUUUAUACCGUAUUUUAUGCUGCUUUUAUAAUUAAGUGUUUUAAAGUGUUUUAAAUUUGUUGUUAGCCAUCCUGAGCCCAGUUUUUGAACCGGGAAGGGUGGGGUAUAAAUAAAAAAUAUUAUUAUUUCCUUCUGUUUCAGCCCAGCCAUGAUAAAGGAUGUUGGCGUCACCUGGGUGAUUUUGGGACACUCUGAGAGGAGGCAUGUCUUUGGCGAGUCCGAUGAGGUGGGUGAUCUAGUAGAUUUCUUUCCCUCCGCCAUCGCUGGGCUAGGAAUCACCUGCAGCAAGGAGGUGUGCGGAGAUUGUAUAGUUUGUAUGGGACUCUGAAGCUGUCCUCCUCCCCCUUUUCCAGCUCAUUGGGCAGAAGGUGGCGCACGCCUUGGCUGAGGGUCUGGGCGUCAUCGCCUGCAUUGGGGAAAAACUGGACGAGCGAGAGGCUGGCAUCACCGAGAAAGUGGUAUUUGAGCAGACCAAGGCUAUUGCUGGUAAGAGGGGACUGGGGAAUGUGCAGAAGCUUCCUUGGGUUUCAGGUGAGGGGAGGGAAAUGCUUUGGUUUGAAAUAAUGGGGCAAAAGGUUUGGUAAUAGAUCAUUCAGUAGGCAGCAAAUGCAAAUGUACACUAGUGACCAAAAUUGUGGAAACCUUUUGGGGAAAGCGUUUUUUUUGAGGUUUGAUGGCUCAUAAUACCGUUUUAUAUUAUUUUAGUAAUACCAUAAAAUUAUAUAUCAAUGGAAAGAUAAUUUAAUGAAGAAUGCAAUGCAACAAAGCUUGUUCAGUUGCCUGUAUUUUAUUAAAAGUUAGAGCCAAAUAACCAGAAAAAGGAAGCACAGCUUGCUUACAGUAAAUGCUUGCUCAGAGGUCCUCAAAGUUCUGGAUAGCACUAACUUUUAAGUGACCCAGGUUUUCUCUCAUUACUUUGGCUUCUGGAUACAUUACUCCAAAACCUGAGCCCUAUGCAGGCAUUUCUCCUCAUGUGCUCCGUAUCAUGGGGUUUUUUUUGGGGGGGCAGGGGUGCACAUUCAGGCCUGGUUUGCUCCCCCAUCCCCCACAUGCACUGAAGCUGAAUGUCUCCAGCUGGGAAUCUGCUCUGCUCAUGGAGGCUUCCAGCUUUAUUUCGAAUCCCUCUCGGUCAGCAGAGCAUGAGACUUUUAAUCUCAGGUUGUGGGUUCGAGUCUCACGCUGUGCAAAAUAUUGGUGCAUUGCAAGGGGUUGGACUAGAUGACCCUCGGGACCCCUUCCAACUCUACAAUUCUGGAGUUCUACCUUCAUAACUUGAUGGGAUAUUUAGAGAUGUCUAAUCUUGGUGCUCCCCACCCCGCAACUGCCAUCUAACUAAACAUGCUCUUCCCAAUAGGUCAAAUUGUGCCUGACUACCCCCCCAACCCCCCCCCCAAUGCUCACUGUCCCCCUCUCUUGUCCCCAGAUAACGUGAAGGACUGGAGCAAAGUGGUUCUUGCCUAUGAGCCAGUUUGGGCCAUUGGGACUGGUAAAACUGCAACUCCUCAGCAGGUACGGAUGUGGUUAGCGAGAACCGUGUUCCCAAAUCUUGUUUCCCUUUGGAGGUGGUCUUGGCAUCAGAGGAUGGGGAAUAUCCCUGAGCCCCACUCUGAGACUCUGGACCGAUGGCCUUUAGCUUGCUGUGAGUAACACGAUUCUUGCCUUUUCUUAGGCUCAGGAGGUUCACGAGAAGCUGAGGGGCUGGCUGAAGAGUCACGUGUCCGAUGCUGUUGCACAGUCGACUCGGAUCAUCUACGGAGGUAAACUGAGCCCUCCCCAGUUUGCAAAUCAAGUGUGGCAAGAGUUUGCCCUUUUCCCCUAUUGAUCACACAGCAAACAUUCUGUUUCAGAUGUGCGCCUGUCAAACAGAAUCUCAAAGGGGCACAAAGUUAAUUUGCGUGUUCGUUGUAGUUCCUUAGCUGUUACAAGCUGUAGUAGGGCCAGUUCAGGCCACAAGAACUAAAAAUCCUCAGCUCCUCAGCAGAUAUGGAUGUUGGUAGGGAGGAAAGUGUUGCCCAAAUUCACUUCCCUUUUCUAAGAGAUGGUUCGUACUGGAGAAUGGAAAAUGUCUUAAGCGCUGAGCUCCUUUGUAGGGUUUCGGUAAGGAUUUGCCAAGGACAAUCCUUGAACUAAAUAAUGAAACACUGGCAAUUAAAAUUAAAGGAACCGCAAUUCAAGCGCAGAAGCUGCGUCCAUCUUCUCGCAGCUUGCCAUGGAGAAUGGCAGGUUUAAUUUGGGAGGGAUGGUCAGGCCUAUGGAACCGCCUCCUCAAAUUGCCAUCCCAAUGUAGCUGUUGGCGAGCAGCAAGCUUUCUGUGUGGUUUUUAGAUAGCACGGUUUCAUGACCAGAUUGACCCUGCUCCCAACACUAAUAAUUAAGGUAGGCAUAGAAACUUUAAAAGAAAAUGUGAAGAGAGUUCAUCUGGAAAGACAUAAUUUAGUUGCAGAUAAGUGUCUUGUGAGGCGCUGCGGAUGCGGGUUAGAAGAAGGGUUUUCUUAAAAGGCAAGGUGGGGUAGCAUUUAUAUGCUACUUGCUUGUGGUGAAACCUCCACAGUUUGCAGUGGUUCGAGACAAUAGUCAGCCUAGCUAGUACAUGUAAUUGUGCUACCUAAUUUUGAAAGCAUGGCUGCUCUGAGAGGAGACAAUUCAGAACAGAGAAGCAAGGAGAAGAGGUGGGCAUUAACCCUCCACCUGCCUACAUUGCUCCAAGGUGCCCUCCUUGGGUAUAUGUGUUUGUGCGCACACAAUUUUAUUACAGCAGAAAAGCUGGACAGGAUUAAGGACUCCUGCCCACCUCUCCACAUUAUCUUUCCCAGAGUAGUUUUGCUUUUGAAAGGCACUGUGAGGGGGUCGCAGAAUUAGCCUUGGAAAAGCCAUGUAGCCAAAGACAUUGUGUUUUUUUGGUCCUUAUCUGCUGUGUGGUUUCUUUUCCCUCCUUGGGCAUUUUUUAAAUUAAAAAAAAAUGGGGAUUGUAAUCCUUUGCAGGUUCCGUCACUGGCCCCACCUGCAAAGAACUGGCCUCCCAGCACGACGUGGACGGCUUCCUCGUCGGCGGGGCUUCCCUCAAGCCUGAAUUCGUAGACAUCAUCAACGCGAAACACUGAAAGCUGCUGCUCGGCGUUCGAAGUGAGGGGGUGCAGUUCAUCGCGGGCGGAAGACACGGCACUGUAGAAACCUGCGCCCACCCUCUGCACUUGGGUCACACGAACUCCCCUUCAAGUCCCCGCUCCCGUACUUUGCUGUUAAUUGUCCCACACUGCUGCUAAACACAACGGUUGCCAAGGCAAUUCUCGGUUAGCUGGAUCUUUUGUGCAAGCAGGCCUUUGUUUACUCCCCCCUGUGCUGGAGGGACAGGGCUUCCUGCCUUGCUCUUCUCCCUGUAAGCUAGACAGAGGCCUGUUUUUUUCUGAUCAAUGUCUAGUUUUGCUGCCUUGCUGAGGACGGGGUCUCUUGCCUCUCGCUUCAGCCGAGUCGGAGUCUUUACCCAGUGGCUUGUGUUGUGUGUAAGAUGUGCGUCCGUACUGUGUCCCACCCCCUAAACCAACAACGAACAGAAAUAAAGAAAGGGAAACGAACGUAAGGCUCUGAAAUCUGUUGCCACAACUACAGUGUAGCCUGCAAGAUAAAUUAUUAUUAAUUCUUAUUUUUAUUAUUAUCAUUUACACCCCACCCAUCUGGCUGGGUUUCCCCAGCCACUCUGGGUGACUCCCAACAGAUUAAAAACAGAAUCAAACAUCAAACAUUAAAAACUUCCCUAAACAGGGCUGCCUUCAGAUGUCUUCUAAAAGUCAGAUAGUUGUUUAUUUCCUUGACAUUUGAUGGGAGGGCGUUCCAGAGGGCGGGCACCACUACUGAGAAGGCCCCCUGCCUGGUUCCCUGUAACCUCACUUCUCGCAAUGAGGGAACCGCCAGAAGGCCCUCGGCACUGGACGAUGGGGUGGAGACGCUCCUUCAGGUCUACUGGGCCAGAGACCAUUUUGCUUCACUGUCAAGUUAUCCUGCGUUUCCCUUUAAGCACUGAUUUUCAUGAUUUGUUGGUGGGCCAUGAGCUGCUUCUGAUCCUUUGCCAGGCAGGCUCACCUUGAGUCAUUUGGAGGAGAACAUGGUGGGGAACUUGUCCAGGCCUCAAGAUUUUCACAUAAUGUUUUGGGAGGAAUUAUUCUCAUUUUCACAGUGUCUGGAGGCAGGAGUGAAAAUGUAUGGGAGGGGGCAAGAAUUAAGAGUGCUGUUUAUUGGCUGGAGAGCUUUUGCCAGCCGCUCCACUCCCCACCACAAAUACAGGGAAGGAAAACUUUGGCUUUCAUAAUUUCAAAGCAAGCUGCCAUGUGCAGCUUGGGUCAAGUCUAUCCCUAAGUCCAUACCUUUCAGAGCUGACUGCUGCAUAAGCCAGAGAAUGCAGUAUAGAAAAAUGAAGGCAAUCACAUUUUAGCUGAAAUGAAUGAGGGGCAGGGCGGACCGGGGGGUGUUAAGGCGAGAUUGAUAACACUGGUUUUAAUGAAUCUGUAUCCUUGCCAUGCCUGAAGCCAUAUAAACUACAUUUUAGAAGUUAAUUUCUCAUUAAAACUCCCAUGUGAAAUGGGAGUGCUUUCUGGUUAGAAGCAGGCCAUCUUAAAUUCCACAUCUGUCAAGGCAGGUGGUUUAGGGGGCAUCGCUUGCAAAAAACGGGAUUUUAUGCACCACUGAGGAAUGAUUGUUAUAAUUGGGAAGAAUCGUUUACUCUUGGUAAGCACAAUUAUCAAAAAAAAUUUGCAGAGGAAAAUAUAACAUUGAUCACGCAAAAAUGUUCGCUGGAUGCUGAAGCUAUAUUUCAUCACUAAAUUGCAGGGUCGUUUUCUUUGUCUGAACCAGGUAGAUAAAAAGUAUGGUUGCUGAGCUGCUGUUCACAUACUACACGAUAAUUUACAUUUGCUAUAUAUACCUACAGAUGGGGAGGGUGGCAUCACUUCUGUACACUGUCUCCUUUAGUCCUUACCAAGAUGUAACCACAUCAUCUUUGCAGCACUAUUGAAGGAAACUCUGAUCCUAAACUUUCACUGCCUUGUGGUCAGGCUUCCAGGAGAAAAGUCCAUGCCCACUGUCUUGCAGGACAUCUUCUGGAGAAGAACAGGCUCGGGAGUAAACCCUACGCAAAUCUGGAGUGGAGUCCCAGACUGCUGGAUGUCGCCUUGUACGCCUCCUUCCGGCAGUUCCUAGAGCCAAGCUGGUGCCAGACAUAUUGCUCUGCUUUCCUUUGGACCCCCAUCAGUGAGGCCGAGAGGGGGUCUUGAAGUCUGGGCAGCCCAGGACCUCCAUUCACAUUGCCCAGGCUUGUGUCCUGGGGAGGUCACUUCAGUGCUGCUAACGUAACAAAAACAACAUAGGAGGCAGCUGUUAGGAGUUGCCCGUCUCUGCAGCCACAGCAGGCACUGUGAUUCUUUGGCAGUUUGAUCUCACCCCCAGAGGCGCACUCCAUUGUCACUUGAGGCAGAUGGAUGCCAGCAGAUAUUGAUGCAGAAUUUCAUAAGCAAAAAAGGCAUACCUUUGCCCCUGAGGAGCUUGCAGUCUUAAAUUGUAUGCUUGGUAUUUUCAAAAACAAAAAACCUUUCAAGAUGUGGGUUGGCUGGCUGAGCCUUCUCCUUUCCCGUAAGUUUCCUAGUGUGAUUGCUCAGCAGACUACCUUGGGAAAGGGUUUCCUGCUAUACCCUUUUCUCAUUCAUAAGGUUGCAGUUGGCUCUAUCAUUUCAGCAGCCCACUGUAAAACUAGAUUAAGGUAGGUAACUGGUACUGGAGCCUGACAAACUGGUGCACUUCAGGGUUUUUGUGCUUUUUGCUGUUGAGCGUGCACCUCUUCAGCAGAAUUUCCUAAGCUGGUGGCCACCAGAUAAUUUUGGACUACAACUCCCAUCAUCUCGGACCAUUGGCUGAGGCUGAUGGGAGCUGGAGUCCAGCAACCUUUGGAAAAUGCCAGAUUGAAGAGAGCAGCCUUACAGAGACCCACGAGGCUCUGUUCUGCCUGCCAGAGUCCUCUCUCCACCUCCAUAGCUCAUCCUCCCCUGGCAAAGGAAAACCUGCUGGCACCUGUCUCGAGAGACAAUGGACAAGUGCCACUGGGGAUACAGUCAAAUCCAGUGGAGAGUGAUGGCAUCUGCUGUAGCUGUAGAGACAGAUACGGGAGAGACAUGUUUUGUUGCAGGUGGGGCAGAGGAAGGUCGGCGGACGCACCAUGGCGUUACUCCUCUCUGUGCUCCUCCCAGCAGUCAUUCCUCCUCUGGUCAUGGCUAUGGAUGCACAACUUGGCUGCAUGUUUGCAGGCAUCUGAAAGAGAUUCCCAGGUUGCCAGCCUUCAUGUCACAUUUGCAGACAUCUUUGUAGCACAUAGCUGGUCUGCCUUUGUGCCUGGUACCUGAAGCCAGCUCCCUGUAAAGCACAUCUUUGGGGGUCCUGCCGUCUUCCAUUCUGUGGACAUGACCACAGAAGUGGUAACCCAAGUCGCUCUGAACAUAGUCAGGGUGUGAUUCCCCCGCAGUGCAAAGUUCACCCAUAAACCAUGUCUUCCAGACCAGCAGUUUCUUUGCUAUUUUGCUUUAUAUAAAAAGGCAAACAAUAUGCCGUUGCUGCUGGAUCUGUUAAAGCAACAGAGAAUGCAGAGCAAAAUUUGGUGGGGGAGGAAGUGCUUUGUCAUUUUGGCCACCCAAAAAUUGAUAGCCUGUCUUAGAGCUCCCUCACGUGGUCAGUUCUAGGGACGUAAAAUAAUCUAUGUCAAUUUCACCAGCACUUUCUUUGCCACCUGUCAUCAUUUCAACGUAGUGAAUGAGAAUUGUUCAUCCUGAAAGAAAAUCAAGUUAGCUAACAAAGAAAGAAUGAAAUGGAUAAUAGCAGGCAACAGUAAAUCAAAACAUUUAAAACAAAGUUAACCCUGAACACAAAAGGAAAAAGAAAACAAUGCAAAGAUUUAUUCACAUCUCAUUAUUUCAAAUGCUCAAAUAAAUUAUAAAACACACAUGU